AUGGAGGCACAGAAAACGGAGUAUCAGCCUGCCCAAGCGUCCGAUGUUGCCACUGCCGAGACGUUUGUCACUGCCGAUGAGCACGUUCUUAACUUACAAGACUUGGAUCCGGCACUGAACCUCAAAAUGCAGCUUAUGAAUAACUCUGUCAUCGCGACUCAGGCGUUCCGCGAGUUUGGGGAGUGCAGAUACGCCUAUCGCCUGACAAUCGCCAGCUACGUCGGAAUGCUACUCGGCACGCUGUUCUGGGGCUUCGUCAAAUGCAUCAUAACUGAUGCCAUGCCAAACUGGGAGUCUCUGGGCUUCUUCGUUGCGAUGGUUGGCUUCGUCGCCGGUGGUAAUCUCCUCAUGGACACGGUCGUCUUCUUGGAGUACCUUCCAAGCAACAAGCAGUGGCUUCUAACCGCUCUUGCAUGUUGGUGGGGUUUCGGUCAAGCAGUUGCUGGAUUUCUGGCCUGGGGCUUCUUGGUGUCAGAGUUAUGA